AUGACAGCCGAUGCUCCCGCCGGGACGCUGGCACAGCCAGGAGGUAUUUCGGAUCCGAACCUCAUUAAGCUUGUCAACAAACUCCAAGACGUCUUCACCACCGUCGGCGUCAACAAUCCAAUCGAUCUCCCUCAAAUAGUCGUCGUCGGUAGCCAAUCUAGCGGAAAGAGUUCCGUAUUAGAAAACAUCGUUGGCCGCGACUUCUUACCACGUGGUCAGGGUAUCGUUACUCGUAGGCCCCUCGUGCUCCAGCUGAUCAACAGGCAAAGCUCUGGAAAUGCGAACGGCUUCGAUGAGCGACUUGCCGACAGCACCGAUAAGGCCGCCAACCUCGACGAGUGGGGCGAGUUCCUUCACCUGCCCGGCCAGAAGUUCUACGACUUCAACAAGAUUCGCGAUGAGAUCAACCGCGAGACCGAGGCCAAGGUUGGCCGUAAUGCCGGCAUUUCGCCUGCCCCCAUUAACUUGCGCAUUUACUCGCCCCAUGUGCUUAACCUGACUCUCGUCGAUCUUCCCGGUCUGACACGCGUGCCCGUCGGCGAUCAGCCCCGCGAUAUCGAGCGCCAGAUCCGCGACAUGAUCCUCAAGUACAUCCAAAAACCAAACGCUAUUAUCCUGGCCGUCACUGCUGCCAACGUUGAUCUAGCCAAUUCAGACGGUCUGAAGCUGGCGAGAGAGGUGGAUCCUGAGGGUCAGCGCACCAUCGGUGUGCUCACAAAGGUCGAUCUCAUGGACGAGGGUACCGAUGUCGUGGAUAUUCUUGCUGGACGCAUCAUUCCCUUGCGGCUCGGCUACGUCCCGGUUGUCAACCGCGGCCAGAGGGACAUUGAUAACAAGAAGCCCAUUACAGCCGCGCUCGAAGCCGAGAAGGCUUUCUUCGAGAACCAUAAGGCGUACCGCAACAAGAGUGCGUACUGCGGUACGCCUUACCUCGCUCGCAAGCUGAACCUGAUUCUUAUGAUGCACAUCAAGCAGACGUUGCCGGAUAUCAAGCAGCGCAUCAGCAGCUCCCUGCAAAAGUACCAGCAGGAGUUGGAAGCGCUGGGUCCGUCGCUGCUUGGGAACAGCGCGAACAUCGUGCUGAACAUCAUCACGGAGUUCACGAAUGAGUGGCGCACCGUCCUGGAUGGCAACAACACCGAACUGUCCAGCACGGAGUUGUCUGGCGGUGCGCGCAUCAGCUUUGUCUUCCACGAGCUGUACGCGAACGGAAUCAAGGCGGUCGAUCCCUUCGACUACGUCAAGGACGUCGACAUCCGCACCAUCAUGUACAACUCGUCCGGCUCGUCGCCCGCGUUGUUCGUCGGCACCACGGCCUUCGAGCUCAUCGUCAAGCAGCAGAUCAAGCGCCUCGAGGAACCCAGCCUCAAGUGCGCGUCGCUCGUGUACGACGAGCUCGUGCGCAUCCUCACCCAACUGCUUAGCAAGCAACAGUUCCGUCGGUACCCCGCCCUUAAGGAGAAGAUCCAUCAGGUGGUCAUCUCCUUCUUCAAGAAGGCGAUGGAGCCGACCAACAAGCUUGUGCGUGAUCUGGUCGCUAUGGAGGCCUGCUACAUCAACACGGCGCACCCUGACUUUUUGAAUGGUCAUCGUGCUAUGGCUAUUGUCAAUGAGAGGCACCAGGCCUCGAAGCCGGUGCAGGUCGACCCCAAGACAGGCAAGCCGCUCAACCAACAGCGCGCGGCUAGCCCUACACCGGAGGAGUCCUCGAAUACCGGCUUCUUUGGUAGUUUCUUUGCUGCCAAGAAUAAGAAGAAGGCUGCGGCGAUGGAACCGCCGCCGCCGACGCUCAAGGCGACGGGCACGCUGUCGGAGAGGGAAGGAAUUGAGGUUGAGGUUAUUAAGCUGUUGAUCUCGUCCUACUUCAACAUUGUCAAGCGCACCAUGAUCGACAUGGUGCCGAAGGCUAUUAUGCUGAACCUUGUCCAGUUCACCAAGGAGGAGAUGCAGAAGGAGCUGCUCGAGAACCUGUAUCGGCAGAGCGAGCUGGACGACCUGCUCAAGGAGAGCGACUACACCGUCCGCCGCCGCAAGGAGUGCCAGCAGAUGGUAGAGUCGCUGCAACGUGCGGCUGAGAUUGUCAGUCAGGUGCAGUGA